GCACGUCGGCAAUCCUGCCGCAAAUCGAGAUGUCUGACGCCGAGUUCCUUAUCUGAUCAUCAAUCUGAUAAUAAUUCGAUUAUCCCUUGACGUCAAGACAUGCUUCAACAUCGACCUCUUCGCAACGACGACAGACCUUCUCGUCUCCCAAAGCAUCUUGCACAGCUGUCGGUCAAUGUCCAGCAACACCAAUGCCGACAUCUGGAUAGCCGGAGCAUUCGCCGCAUUCACCGUCGAUCUCAUCGUCUUCCCUUUGGACACCAUCAAGACUCGCAUCCAGUCUCCCUCAUAUCAGAAACGUUACACGCAAGGGCCCAGCAAUGCUCCAAGCAGGGCUUUGUUCCGUGGCGUCUAUCAAGGUGUUGGAAGUGCCAUUGUAGCCACCCUACCCUCCUCUGGUGCCUUCUUCACCACCUACGAAGGAGUCAAAUCCAUUCUUUCCGAUAAUAAUCCGACCAUUGGCGGGAGCAAGCUGCUUCCUCAACCCCUGAUUCAUGCCGCAGCAUCCGGGACGGCCGAGCUGGUCUCUUGCGCCAUCUUGACCCCCGCAGAAGUCAUCAAGCAGAAUGCGCAGAUGGUCGAUCGAUCCGCUUCAGGCGGGGGCUUUGGGAGUGCGACAUGGCAGACCCUAGCUCGCUUUCGCUCCAAUCCUCUUGCACUUUGGAGAGGCUAUUCGGCGUUGGCGGGACGAAACUUGCCAUUCACGGCAUUGCAGUUUCCGAUGUUUGAAGGACUGAGAGAUAGGAUUCGACGGUAUCGGAAUGAACAGGGCAUCCGUACGCACACGCUGCUCGAGAGCGGGCUCAUCACGGCGGUGAGUGCGGGAAUUGGCGGCAGCAUAUCUGCCGUGGUCACGACGCCGGUCGACGUGGUCAAGACCAGAAUCAUGCUGUCCGCGGCUGAAAGCGCCGCAGAAGAUCAGACACCUGCGAAGAAAGCUGGCCAGGGCGGUAAGGGCGUUUUCGUGGAUGCCACUGGGAAGACUAUGCAAGAGGCAAAACAAGGGCUUGUCGAGGCUGUGAAGAAUGUGGCCAAGCCUCCGAGCAGCAAGGGAAGCUUGCAGAUUGCGCGGGAAGUGAUACAAGAGCACGGGGUGAAGGGUUUGUUUAGGGGCGGCUUAUUGCGCGGUGUGUGGACCAUGUUGGGGAGCGGACUGUACUUGGGGGUGUACGAGUCUGGACGCAUAUACCUCGCCAACCGACGUGGAGAGUCUUACGAUGGAGAGGAUUCUGGAUGAUCAUCCAGGGCUAGAUAUCUCAUUAAUCAGAGU